GCUCUCGUGCAAACAAGGCGUCUUUAACUCUGGGUUGUCAAGAGCAUUUCCAUGGUAACAUGACCCUGCUGUGUCAAACACGUCGACACUUGGCAAACGGUCAGAGCAAAAACGCGGCAUUAUUUCUGUAAUGAAAAGGUCUGUCAGUUUAAUCUGAUACAGCAACGUUUGUAGUGUCCUUAGUUGUAAGUGAUAGAACAAUGCCAUUGUUUCAGUUGAAUCACGGCUCACCCAGAGGACUGCGUGUAAACGCGUGGAUGUUGUUUUGUUGUUGUGUGGCGUUGUGUGCGUUUUUUAGCCCGGCCGUUUCGGGUCACACGCUCCAUAGGCUGUCCCGAAGCCAGAGGAACGGGCCCGAAAAUCACGAGAUGUUAGGAUUUCAGAAACUGCUCAAGCAGUUUAAGAGUCUGUUAAACGCAGUUGAUGCUUUCUCCUUGGGUGAGUUUGCCGCUGGUGAGCGGAGCCAAACACAGGGAUCCUCCAAUCACACAGGGUGGAGUGCAGAGGGCCCCGCCCUCCAGGACCAGCAGGUGGUGGAUCUGCUUGUGAUACUGAAGAAGUUUAAAGACGCAAUGCAGAAAGGGUCUUGGUCCGGCCAGUAUGUCUGGUCUGGAAAGGAUGCGAAGAACAAUCCGGAGGUGAAUAUCCUGACAGACCCCUCUUACUCCCAGCCCAUUCUGCAAGUCAAUCUAGUGCUGGGCCUCGUCUUCUUUCUCUUCAUCAUCAUAGUGCUGCUGUACGACGCAGUGUGCAUCUCUAAAGAGGCGCGCAGGAGAUUAGCCGCCAUCGCCGCACUGCGAAGUAAAAAGAACCACGCAAAGCAUAACCGUCCAGAUCCUGUGUUUUUUACAACGUUUGCUGCAUCAGGUGUAGCUUCUGUCCCUAAUGUGGGAGAGGUACCUGUGUCAAAGGCGCCAUCUAGUGGUGAAGCUGCACCAGUGAAUGCAAGGAGCCUUAGGGGUAUUUCAGAAUGGGAGCCCCUGGAAAGUAUUCCAGAGAAAGCAGCUCUUGACCAGCACUUGACCCUGCCAGGUUACCCAAUCCAUUUUGCCAUGGGAAAGGGCAUUGCUAAACACUUCCAGAAGCGCCAGGGCUCCGAUAACUCUGUAUGCUUCCCAGGGCUGUCUGAUGCCUCUGUGGAGAUCCUGCCAGGGUUCAACCCCUCCCCUGUCCAGUCCAGGGAGCUAGAGAGCGUGGCACACUCCCUGGUGAAGAAGGCUCUCAGCACCUCAGCUGUGAUCAUGCAGGACGAGGAACCAGAGUCACCGUGCUAGUGCACACACUCGCUGUUACACACACUCACAUACACACGCACUGUAACAAAUACACACAAUCGCAUACACACACACUGUAACAAAUGCACACACACACACACACAGUAACAAAUUUUUAUCCAAAUUGAAUGCUAUUUAAACAAAAUGAGUAAAAAGAACUAUUUUCAAAAAUAAAAAUGUUAUAUUUAAGAGUGCAAUCGACUCCACUCUCAUGUUCUUAGAUCAAAGCAAACUAAGACUGGGGGGGGGGAGGAUAUUGCUGUUGUCUAAGUAAAACUUAUGGGAAACUUAAGUCAAGUAGACAAAUAUUUCGGCUAGCGCUUAAUUGGUAAUGCUUAAUUGUCUACUUGACGAAUGGGUUGAUUUUAUCAACAGAUACCUGGCCACAGAUACAACACCGAAGACUCACUCUGGAUUGCAUCAACCACCUAUCCAUGGUUAUCACUGGAAUACCCCAUAAAAAGGGUUGAUGCAAACAGGGCAAUUCUC